AUGGUCUUCGAGGAUGAGAGCAGUGACGACUGGUCCAGCCUGCACAUCUCCUCCUCCGACGACGAUAUGCAGUAUCAGAUUCCUGCUAGCAUUGAAGACCAAGACUACAAUGGCUUGGAGAAGGCACCCGAGGGGCUCUGCGUGGAGCAUCGGCUGCCAACUGAGCGUCGUGUAGCUUUUGAAGGAUUUGAGACGGGCAGGAGGUUUCUAGUUUGUGCUCAGCCUCUUUGGGAAAUGUUUGAAGACAGCAGGACUGCUAGGAGGAAGGAUAACCUGGAUAGUUCACUUACUAUUCACCACCUUAAAGAAGAGAAAAGGAAUCUGGAUGCCAACUAUGACAAACUGGUUGAAGAUGUUCAUCAACUUCUCAAUGCCCAGGAGGACAGGGUGUUGGAUUUCAGCUAUGUGCAGGCUAAGGAGAAGAGAGCUGAGGUUACCAGUGCAUCAGCUGUGGCUGGCCCGAAGAAUGAGAUGGAGAAGAAAGAGGCAGCAAACUUGAAGCUGCAAGAGAAGUAUGCAGUGCUGAUGAACCUGGUAGAAGCUCAAGGCAGUGUCAUAGGAACCUGA